AUGUCAGAUAAUAUACAAGAGACGAUUGUUGAUUUACUUAAUCAAGCAUUACUCUAUGGAAAUGAUAGCACAAGAGUAAAGCAUCUUCGGCAUGUCCAAGAAUUGAUUUUACGAAAAGAUCCAAGUUUACUAAAUCAUUUUCUUGAGGAAGUAUUAAGUUUUCAGACGGAUAAAAGUCCAGAAAUAAAGAAAACAAUAAUAUCUUUUAUUGAAGAAGCUUGUCAACAAAAUCCGAAACUUAUUGUUAAAGUAAUUGAUAGUCUUACCUUAUUACUUCAUGAUGAUAAUGUAUUUGUACAAAAAAAACUUAUUCUUAGUAUGGUGUCAAUUUAUAAAUCGACCUUAGCAUGGUUGUCAAAAUCUGAAUCAAUUGAUGAACUUGUGUGUAGUGUGUGGGACAUGAUGACUAAUAUAAAAAAUCAUAUUGUAUCUAUACUAAAUUCAAAUGAUGAUCGCCUUUGCACAGUUGCUAUUAAAUUUAUUGAAAUGUUGGCACUUACUUUAACUCGUCAUGAGCAAGAUUUUUCAAUCAAUUCGAAUGCAAAUGACAAUGAAAUUCUAUUUCGAACUAAACUGGAACAAGAAGAAAAAGAGAUGACAGAAAAAUUACUUGAAUUUAUUCUUUCUGAAAAGCUAUCUAGUGUCAAUUUAAUUGCAGCUGUAGAAGCCGUAUCAAACAUUGCCCGACAAAGAUCAGAUUACAUCAGUCGUAUUUUACAAAUAUUUGAAGUUUUACAUGUUAAUUUAUCUUCAAAUUUUAUUGAUUCUCAAGUCAGUAGUGUACGUAAAACAAUCAAAUUAAAACUACUUAAUCUUCUCAAAUACUCAGCUUCAUCCAGUAUUCAAUCACAAUACAGUACUUUACUUGCUGAUUUUGGUGCAACACAAGCAGAAAUUCUCAAAUAUUCACCUAAAGUGGUUCAAGAAUCCAAACGAAAGUUUAUUUCAAAUGAUCAUAGUGAAAAUAUAAAAAAGUCGAAAACAAUGAAUAAUGUUAAACUAGAUAUAGAUCAGGAUAUUAAACAGGAAAAAUCCGUACCAAAUAUCAUAGAUGUUCAACGUAAUGAUCUAUUACCGUGGGUCUCAUCGACUGUUGAUCUUAAAAUACUUUCAACAUCAAUAGAUUUCAUAUCGAACUCAAGUAAACAACAGAAAAAAAUUAAAUCAUUCAAAUUAUCGAAUGUCCUUAAACCACUCGAAUUCAACGAUAUUCAACGUAUGUCACUGGAUUCCUUUCAUCGAGUGCUUAAUGCUGAAGUUAUUUGUGACGGACAUGGUGUUGAUCAAAUCAGGCAAAAAGUGAUGACCAGAUUAGUUUGUUUAUUUGAGCAAAGUUUUCGUAAUAUUUAUGAAGAUUAUAUUUUUGCUGAUGUACGUGAACGAUAUGAUCUUGCAUUUAUAUGGCUUUAUCAAGAAUAUGUUUAUGCAAAUGGGUAUUUAACGAUAUUCGACCGAAAUAAAAAGAAAAAUUUCACUAAAUAUGAUAAUAUACUAUGUCGAUUACUUGAAUAUUUUUUUCAAGAAAAAUAUGAGGAUCUAUUCUCUCGUUUAAUUACAAGUGCACCCAUAAUUACAGAUAAUGCUUUAUUUAUACUCAAGCGAUAUUGUCAAAACGAAAAUUAUUCUCAUCAUGGAAUGAAUAUACUGCGUAGUUUAAUUAUAAGUCGAAUAAUAAUACGUGAAAAAUGUUUGAAUCUAUUAUUGAUCUUAACUCAUAAUGAAGAUAUUUCUAUUCGCAAUAAUUCUUUAAACGUUAUUCAAAGUUUACACGAGAAAAAAGAAUUUAAAAUAUCAAUUGAACAAUAUGCUUUGAAAUGUUUAUCAUAUUUACGAACUUUAAAGCCACCAGAAAUACUAUUUUCUGAUAAUGAAAAAUUACUAAUAGUACCAGCAGAUGCUUGGACAGAAGAUUCAAUCCAUCGUUGUCUAUCGUUAUAUCUUAGUUUAAUUUCAUCAAGUCAUCACUUAAUUCAACCAUUAUCAAAUAUUUAUAUUGAAGUUGAUAAAGAUAUUAAACGAGUAAUUCUUCAGAUUUUGGAAACUCCAGUACGUGCAAUGGGUGUGGCUAGUUUAGAACUAUUAAAACUGGUGAAAAAUUGUCCUAUCGGUGCAGAAGCUUUGAUUACACAUAUUCUUCAUAUUCACACUCAGCAAAUGACACCAUCACGUGAUAUUGUUGAAAACAUACAAGAUUUAUAUCAUAAACGUAUACCAGAUGUUCGUUUGCUUAUUCCAAUACUAUCUGGUUUAGGAAAGUGUGACAUUAUAAAUACAUUACCGAAAUUCAUAAAAUUACCACUACCGAUGGUUAAAGAAGUUUUCAAACGAGUUUUAAGUUUAAAAGAUUCAUCUAGAACCUUAAAGACAAAUUUAAUAUUACCAUCUGAAUUGUUAAUUGCUCUUCAUCGAAUUUCAUUGGAAGAAUGUGAAUUGAAAACAAUUAUUAACGCUACAUCAAUAUGUUUUAAUGAAUGCUCAACUUACACUUCAGAUAUUCUUGUUGAUGUUCUACAACAACUUGUUGAAAUGACUCCAAUUCCUAUUUUAUUUAUGCGAACUGUUUUACAAGCAUUUAGUCUUUACCCAAAAAUGGUUCAUUUCAUUAUGAAUAUUUUACAACGAUUGAUAUCAAAACAAGCAUGGAAGCAACCUCGAAUAUGGGAAGGUUUUAUAAAAUGUUGUGAAAAAACUCGACCACAUUCAUAUCCAAUACUUCUACAGUUGCCACCUGCUCAACUCAAACAUGUUUUACAGAUAACAUCAGAACUACGUGAUGGUCUUGUAGGUCAUAUUCGUUCCAUGUCAAGUGCUCAACAUUCAUCAAUUCCAUCGUCUAGAUCGAUAGUAAUCGAAGAUGACUCAGAAAACAUAUUACCUGUGUCACUAUCUAAUUCAACACAAUGA